GUUUCUUUUUUUCUGCUUCUCAUCUAUUCCUUUAGCCAUAUCAACGGUCCGGUGACUAAAGCCGCAGGCGCACUUCUGUCUCGCGAACAGAAGCCAGUAUAUCAGUUAAACCUGGCAAAGAUAUAUUUAACCGACAAAAAUCAAUUCAACCAUCCUAAAAUCUACACACUUUUCACUCGACUCUUCUUUCACUCGACAAAUUUUGUGCUAUUUUCUAUUCAUUUACAACACACUAACUUAAAAAAUUCCUAAACACACAAAACCUUCAACAAUCGCAAGCACUGGAAACAGCAGAAACAAACAAAACAAACAAAAACAGCUACCAAAAUAGGUUUCACCAAGCGCGCGUACACACCACACUUUCUACUUCGAUUGCCUACUUUUCGAUAUUCGCACCGAAACCGUGUCUCUGCUCGCACUGUCGACGUAAGCCGCCGACCCACAAGAGACACGCCCACAAAAUCGCCACGAAGAUGUAAGCCAAAUGAGGUCAACAGAACCUAUCGCUGUAUGCACGGAAAUCUUCGCCAUAUAAAGUUUAAAGCAAAAAUUUAUAUUGAAGUUAUCAAAUAAUUUUAUUAAAACUUUAAGUACUAAUUUAUAAACAAAUUUUAGUUACAUUAAAAAAUUGUGUGUGAUACUGUUGUUUUCAUUUGUAAUUUAGUAUUAUUGUGUAAAGUAUUUUCGUAUUUCCAAGGUGUAACAACACAUGUGAGUUGCGCGAGUUCUAAAAAAAAACAAAUUCUCAAAAAAAUUUUGUAAUUUUUGUAAAAAAAUAAAAUAAACACAAGAAAUUGGCGCUUUCAUUGCCUUUAAUACGCUUAAAUAAAUUAGUGCGAAAACUUAAUUUCUUAGUCAAAUUUAAAUUAAUUUUCACUUAGAAGUGAAACGACAUUUCUGUUUCGUAGUCAAUUUAUGUAUUUAACUUUUGUUAAAUAGCUCAAUUAACUGUAAUUUAGUUUUGUUCGCAAAACUUUAAGUAUUUCCUCCAACUGACUUUCAGUUAGAAAGGGCAUUUCAAUUAAAUUCAUCUUGCUUAAAAAAGGAAUAAUAAUAAUUUAAUUAUAUUAAUUAAAUUUAAUUAAAAUCUGAGCACAAAUCGCAAGUAAGCAUACGAAAAUGCUAAGUGAUUGCAUUCCUUGCCCAUAAAUCAUCACACAUUUUAUUUAUUAAAAAAAAAAAAAAUCUAACUAAAUAAAAGUAAUAAUUUUUAAAUUAAAAAAAAAUAUAAUAAACUAAAAACUAAAAACUAAAAAAUAAAUUUAUAAAAAUGCCGUCGCCAAGUAAGAAACAAACGCAUCCGCAUUUGUCUUUGGUGGCCAACAACAGCGAUGAUUAUCUUAAAUUGUCCGAUGAUGGCGCAAUCAAUAAUGGCUUCCAAGCAACAACUACACCAGAAACGGCCACAACAAACAUCGCCGAUAGUCCCGACUUUAUAUCUGUCUCCACAAAUACAGUCAAUACAAAUCCCACUAGCAAUGAUGAUGAUGAUGAAUUCAUUUUAAGGAAUAAUGCUAAAAAUGAAUUAAAUGUCCGCCCGUUGAGUAAACACAAUUCUAACAAACAAACAAAGAACAACAACAACAACAAUAACAAUAACACAAACCACAACAACACACCCUAUUAUAUCAGCAAUAAUGGCGUGCCUCACGGACAAUAUCGUUAUACGUUGCCAUUGUCGUUGGCAGUGCCAUUGCCACAACCCUUAGCGCCAUCAAUACCACAACAACAACAACAAUUACAAAAAGAUUCACAACAACAUCAGGCACAGGACGAUAAAUUUAGAUUAUAUACAAUAUAUGGAAAUGACACCGACAAUGACAAGUUGUCCGGUCUACCACAAUCGACGACUGGUUCACUAAGCUCAAUCAUCACGACGUCCAUAGCAUCCUCAGAACCAGAUCCUGGCACGGGUGGUGGUCGUGGAAGUAGUGGUGGCGGUGGCGGCGGUGGCGGUGGUGCAGGCGGUGGUGGCAGCAGCAUCGGUGCAUUAGAUGCAAGCAGUAUCGCCGGUGUGCCUGGUAGCAGUGAUGAGAAAUUGGCGCUAAAUCGACCGGGCAUUAAACAGGAGAAAUGGUCCUCAAUAUUGUUGCAGGUGUCGAUACCGUUCUUUUUGGCUGGCGUUGGUACAAUCGGUGCGGGCAUUAUACUCGGGCGUGUAGAG